UUCAUCCUCAGCAACGGAUGUUUUCUGCAUUCUGCUAACAAUAGCGUACCCACUUCAUGCUGCAGCUUCGUGUAUUGUUGUUGUACGCCAGAAGAAACACGUCGAAUCCUGUUUUACUUUGUUCAGUGUCGUACAAAUUGUGCAAACACCCUUGAAGUGCUUGCGUGAAAAAGGGCGUCAAAACAAGCAAUACAGCAAUUGCAGCCAUUUUCGAACUCAGGUGUGGUGAUUUGGUUGUAUUGGGGUAAAGGACUUGUGCCGAGCAAAAUAGCACCAAGAUGUCAGCUCAGAACAUCUUUGUGGAGGAUUCGGCCGAAGAGGAUUCGUUUCAAGAUCACCAAUCGUUCAGUACGCAUCGGGAGGCAGAAUCGAUCGUGAUCGAAGAAACCGACUCCGAUUCGGAAGCGAUGAACUCUUCCGCUGCCAGCAGUCGCAACUCCUCCAGCGAGGAGGAGGAGGAGGAGGAAAGCGUAGUACGGCAGAUGAAGAAACGUCAAAGUGUGCGAAUGUCCCUGCAUCCGAUACACGCGGAAAGUGAGAGCAGCGAUGAGGAUGAGGCGAAGGAGGAGGGUCAGGAUGAAAGUAACGAUGUGUCUGCUGCUGCUGGAAAGCUCGUCCUCACCAGCGAUGAAGAAGAUGGCGAGGAAGAGGUGGAACGGCGAGCAUAUUCUCCAGCGACGCGUAUGAGCAUCCAUGGUAUAGCGCCCGCUGAGACAACCGAGGACGAGGACACACCAACCGCAGCAAGCAGUGACGGUGGUAGUGAUGAUGAGGAAGAAAUCAUAGCUGUCCCUCGUAAGCAGCGCAAAAAUUUGAUCAUUUCCGACGACGAAGAGGAAGAAGAUCGCAAACGCAGUCGAAAUAACAUGUCGUUCAAUGCGGACGGUACGCCUCGCCCGUAUCCCAAGCGUCGGAAUUUGUCCACCACGUCACCGCUGGAGCAGGAAGAGCAGGAGUCGGUCAACACAAAGCUGUCGUCGUCGCUGAAGUCGGACGAGAUGGAGCGAUCGAGCGAACAGGUCGACGAACGGGAACAGUCCCGGGGCGAAUUGUCCUUUAUCGGGGGGCGCCAUUCGAUCAGCAUGCGUGCGUCGAUCGGCGAGAAGCUGUCUUCGACACACAUUGGCGAGGUGGAUCCUCUCGGUCCAAUGGCCAAUGUUGAAACGGUUUUUGCUUCAGCUGAGAACGCGCAAUCCCCUGUAAAGGAGGGCGCAGACAGCUCUGAAAAGGUGGACGCGCACUCCCCUGCAAAGGAUGAUUCGAGCAGCGUACGAUUGAUCGAAAAAUCGGAAGAAAUCCUCUGCCUCAGCAGCAGCGACGAUGAGGGGGAAGUGACGUUCGUGGAGGAAACGAGGCCAUCGAUCGACGUUAAGACUCGUCCACAAGCGCUUGUCCAACCGACCAUAACGUCGUUCGUGCGCAAUCAGGACCCGCCGCAGCAGCGACAGCGCGUCUCCCAAAGCGAGUACGACGCCAAGGUGCGGCGCAUGGCGGAGCUUAAAAGCCAGGUCGUGAUGAUCGACAACGUGAUGCGCAACAGUGCCAAGCUGCCGGACAAGGGGGCCGGGCUGGUGCGCCGGCUGGCCGAGGUAAAGUCGCAAAUAUUCGAGCUCUCGAAGGACAUCGAGAUGACGCGUGCGACGCCGAGCAAGGGCAUCAAGAAAACGAUACAGCGAAACUUUGACGAAAACAUCAGCGGUGGCGAUACGAAGCCCCGGCCGGCCGAUCACAUCUCGUGGGACACGAUCAAGCGGGCGACGGACGAUAUACAGCCGCGGCACACCGGCAAGCAGGGCAUUGCGACGUUCGAGAACCAGAAGCUGCUCACGAUGGACCGUCUGGAGACGCUGCACAAGUCGAUCGAGACGUGCCCGUCCGAGGACACGCUGGCCGAUCCGCCCAAGCUGCUCAAGAUCGACCUGAUGGACCAUCAGCGGCACGCGCUCGCGUGGAUGCUGUGGCGCGAGACGCAAAAGCCGCGCGGUGGCAUCCUGGCGGACGACAUGGGGCUCGGCAAGACGCUGAGCAUGAUCUCGCUGGUGCUGAAGUCGGCCGAGCUCGAUCCGGACGGGGAGCAGCUGGAGCGGGCGAGCGAAAGCGAGGACGACGAGGGGGACGAGGAAAACCACAACCCGAACGGGGGGUGGAAGAGCAAGGGCCGGAAGGAUUAUUAUGCGGGCGGAACGCUGAUCGUGUGCCCGGCGUCGCUCAUGCGCCAGUGGGAGGGCGAGAUAACGAAUCGCGUCAAGCGCAACAGUUUGUCCGUCUGCGUCCAUCACGGCACGCAGCGCGAGUCGAAGCCGCGCCAUCUCGCCAAGUACGACGUGGUCAUCACGACGUACAAUCUGGUGUCGCGAGAAGGCAGGGCGGGGACGGCGCGCGGUGCCAGCGGCGUGUACGGCGUGAACUGGGAGCGCAUCAUACUGGACGAGGCGCACGUGAUCCGCAACCACAAGAGCGCCAUGUCGGAGGCGUGCUGCGGGCUGAAGGGCCGGUACCGGUGGCUGCUGACCGGCACGCCGAUCCAGAACAAGGAGAUGGACGUGUACGCGCUGAUGAAGUUCCUGCGCUGCACGCCGUUCAACGAUCUCGUGCACUGGAAGCGCUGGAUCGACAACAAGACGGCGGGCGGGGCGAUGCGGCUGAACACGAUCAUGAAGUCGAUCAUGCUGCGGCGCACGAAGAAGCAGCUGCAGGAGCGGGGCGCCCUAACCAGCCUGCCGUCCAAAACGAUCGAGAUAAUCGAGGUGCAGCUGGAGAAGGACGAGAUGAACGUCUACCAGAAGGUGCUGAUGUACUCGAAGCACCUGUUCGCUCAGUUUCUGCAUCAGCGGGCGGAGAAGGAGCAUGCCAUAAACUAUGGGUUCGGAGGAGCCCGGCCCACCUUUAGUCAGCGGGCCCAUGGGGGCGCUAACCAGGCGUUCGACAAGGUGCACCAGAAGCUGAAGAGCAUGCACGCGGCGAAGGACGGGAACGAGGUGAAGCAGCAUCAGAUUUUGGUGCUGCUGCUGCGCCUGCGGCAGGUCUGCUGCCAUCCGGGGCUGAUCUACGAGAUGCUGUCGGACGACGAUCAGAGCAAUCUGGACAUGACGGGAGGCGAGCAGGACGAGGGCAGCUUCGGGGCGGAGGUCGAUCUGCUCGGUGCGCUCAACAAGCUGAAGCUGAGCGACGUGCUUGCGGACCACGAGGCAAAGGUGGCGGCGAACGGUGGGGCGGACGGAAGCAAGCAGGAGCUGUCGCUGAACCUGUCCGACCAGUUCGACCGGCCGGAAGCGAUGGCAAAGGCGGCCUCGAAGGUGAUGCUCAAAUCGAACCCCAUCUUCCGGAUCGAGCGACCUAGCUCGAAGAUCGAGAAGACGAUGCAGCUGCUGGAGGAGAAAAUCUUCCACACCAACGAUAAGGCAAUCAUCGUGUCGCAGUGGACCAGCAUGCUGGACAUUCUGGCGACCCAUCUGUCGGAGCGUAACGUGCCGUUCGUGUCGCUGACGGGCAAAGUGCAGGUUAAGUUCCGUAACGACAUUGUGUUGGAGUUUAACAAGCCGUCCGGGAAAUCGAAGAUUAUGCUUCUUUCACUGACGGCCGGUGGCGUUGGACUGAAUCUCGUCGGUGCGAACCAUUUGCUGCUGCUCGAUCCGCACUGGAACCCACAGCUCGAGGCGCAAGCCCAAGAUCGGGUGUAUCGCGUCGGUCAGACCAAGCCAGUCUACAUUUGGAAAUUCAUGUGUGCUGAAACGGUGGAGCAGAAGAUUCAUGCACUGCAGGAGCACAAACUAGGCAUCGCGGACGGCGUUCUGACCGGCACGGUCAACAAGGGCAGCAAGCUCACGAUCGACGAUUUGAGAUCGCUGUUCGGGCUGUAAUCGUAUCAUCAUGGACACACGCACAACCAACAGUCCCGUGAUCUGUGAUAUUUCGAUUGUAGUGGGUGCGCUGCUGCUGUAUAAUAUGCAUUGCGUGUGUGCAGCAUUCAGGAUUCUCUCUCUCUCUCUCUGGUUGCCGUCGUCGUCGAUGGUGAAGAAUAUGCUCGGUGAACUUAAAAAAAAACGACUUUAAAAUGGUACAAAUCCCCACCCAACGGAACGCAUCGAAGGAGGGGGCAAUGAUGAACAACGAGCUCGAUGGAGGAUAAUUUUACUAGCGAUGUAAGGAUUUUCUUUUAUAAAAUAAAACAAACACU